AUGACAGAAUUUGAUUGUAUGACAUAGUAGAAAAAUAGAUUUAAAUUGGGAGAGAUUGACUAAUCAUCUAUCUGCUUUUGGUAUUAAGAGAAAUGCUAAAACUUAAUGAAUUUUCUAUCUGAUGUUAGUUGUACUAGUUUAAGCAACUAAGAAUGCUCAUUUAUAAGUGAAACUCUAUUUACAAUCAAUCCAGUUUGUGCUUGGUACUAUAAAUCAGAUGGUGGACAAUGCACAAAAUUUACAAGGUGUUAAGAUUAUAAAUACUCAUCUGAACUUAUAGCUGAAGUAGAAUGUUCAAAUAUUGGAUGUAACAGAAUUAAAAAUUAAUGUUCAUUUGAUUACAGAGGGAGAUAGGAAUAGUAUUGUUCAGAAAUUGGAGAUCAAAAGAUUUGCGAUAUCACUUUUUUAAAGGAUAAACUUACAAUAUGCAAAUGGAAUACGGGUACUAAGAAAUGCGGAGGUUUUAAUUUUGAAUAAUGCUCUGAUUUAACAACUGAAUACAAUUGUGAUUUGGCAAAUACCUUUUGUAGAUGGAAGGACUAAUUAUGUGUAGAAAGAGCUUGUGCAGAUAAAGAGUCGGAAUAUAAAUCAGGCAGUUAAAUUUGUGUAUCAUUUUAUAGUUUGACAAAUAAAUAAUAUGUUUAAUGUAUAGAAAAUAAAAGUGGAGAUUGCAUUGAAAGUGACCCAGAAUCAUUACUUCCAUACUAGUGCAAUUAUUUUAGUAGACUUACUUAUUUAUGGAACACAACUACAUCAUCUUGCACUCCAUGCUUAUACGUUGGUUAUGGUGAUCUAAUCAAAGUUGUUGUAAUUGUUUUAUUUGUCAUUUCUUUGUGAUCAAAUUUUGAAUAUAUAUAAAAUAAAAUAAUAAAUAAAUUCAAUGGAAUAUGAUAUUAGAAAAUUAGAAGAUAAAAUCAGAAAAAUUGAGAAUGAAUGUGUUGAGUUAUAAACUAAAAUUGACUAUUCCAUCAAAAAAAAACAAAGUGUUUAAAAAAAAAAUGAAUUUCUAAAACAAGUAAUUGGCAGACUAAAUGACUUAUAUACAUGAAUUUAACAUAUGCAUAUUUAGAAUA